AUGGCUGACCUCACAACGCGAAAACAGGCACAAGUCAUUGCGAACUCGGGCCACGAUGAUAUGAUCCACGAUGCAGUCCUCGAUUACUAUGGCCGACGACUAGCAACAUGUUCGAGCGACAAGACAAUCAAGAUCUUUGAAAUCGAAGGCGAUCAGCACCGGUUAACAGAGACACUGAAAGGCCACGAAGGCGCCGUUUGGUGCGUCUCAUGGGCCCAUCCCAAGUUCGGCACCUUACUCGCCUCCUCCUCCUACGAUGGCCGCGUGCACAUCUACCGUGAAACCCCCUCACAGCAGGCUCAACCGGGUCAACAAUCACAGUCCUCAUGGACCCAGGUAUUUACGAGCACAUUCCACACCGCCUCGGUCAACAUGGUCUCCUGGUCACCCCCUGACCUUGGCUGUCUGUUGGCAUGCGCAUCCUCCGACGGCAACGUCUCCGUGCUCGAGUUCCGAGAUAACCAGUGGGGCCACAUCAUCUUCGGUGCGCACCCCAUGGGCGUGAAUGCGGUGAGUUGGGCGCCCUCCGCCGUUCCAGGCGCGAUCACACGAAAAGACUCUGGCAACGCGGGAAGCGGAGGCCUGGUCAAGCGGUUCGUCACAGGCGGAAGCGAUAAUAGCGUUAAGCUAUGGGAAUUCAACCCGCAGACCAAUACCUACGAUAACAUGUUGGUGUUGCCGAACGGACACACCGACUGGGUCCGCGACGUCGCUUGGUCACCCACCCUGCUCAGCAAGUCGUACAUCGCCAGCGCGAGCCAAGACAAGACCGUCAAGAUUUGGACCUGCACAAACAUGGGCUCGGGCGCGGGCAAUGUGGGCGACUGGACGCUGGCGAAGACGCUGGACUUUGACGCCGUCACCUGGCGCGUGAGCUGGAGUCUCAGCGGGAACGUCCUUGCAGUGUCGGGAGGCGACAAUAAAGUGACGCUGUGGAAGGAGGACUUGAAAGGGAAUUGGGAGAUGGUCAGGGAGGUUACGGAGUAG